AUGGAAGUACCCGCAGAAUUAUUGGCAUACACCAAUAGAAACCCACUCGAGACUACACUCAAUCGAUUUCGAAGCACGUUUGACACUAGCAGUAACCCAAUAGAUGUAAUUUUAAUACUUUUCUUGGAUCUAUUAAGGGAUACAAUUCAUUUGGAUCAAAGUCCAGACAAUAUGGCUAUCAAAGAAUUACUGUCAAAAUUAAUCCCCAAGCUAUCAACAAAUCAGAAUCCCGUCUCCGAAUUUAGCGAUCUAGUAGCAUUGAUCAACAGUUAUGCUGGAGAUCAUGAAAUUUGGUCCAUCGCUAUCCAGAUCGCUGAUCGUAUCAACAAAGAAUAUCAACCUACCAACAGUGUCCCUCUAACUUCUGUAGCUAAGAAAGAAUGUUCGAAGAUCACUAAUUCCGCAAGCGCUUCGGAACUAGUAGGUGAUAAUGCUAACGCUACUCUAGUGACAAUGGCUCUUAAACACGAGCUUCGAGACAAGACUUAUAGAAAUAUCGAUCAAUUUUGGGAAUUGAAUUUCGAAAAUAAAUCAUGGUCGAAGACAACGACACAAAUUUGGAAAAGCUACAGCGAAGAUUGUCAAAGAGGAAUUGGUAACGUCUUCUCAGACUACAUGGACGAAAAAGCGGUGCGAAGAUGGAUGCAUGCAUUUCGAGAUCGUUACCUGAUUCAGCUUAUGAAAAGUUCGAAUAAAUCAGAGAAAAACGGGCCGGCUGCUCAGAGGGAUCAGAGAAAACCACAUGUGCGUGGUAAAUUUUGCUAUAUAUCAAAGCCAAGUGAACACAAUGGUGGUUUGAACGAUUGUCAAGUGGACAUUUUUAUGAAGAGUUCUGAUGUCGCUGACAGUGUCGAAAAUAAAUGGAGAGAUAUCAGAGUCGUGGGAGAAAUAAGCUCAUCAAACGAACAUUUAGCUGACAGGAUCCAUCUGUUAAUGAGGUACAUGCGCGAAAUCUUCUAUUCGCAGCCGCUUCGUCGAUUUGCGCAUGGGUUCUGCUUACACAAGAAUCACAUGGAGCUCUGGAUUGUCGACCGGGCAGGUGCAUAUAGCUCUGGAGAAAUAGACGUGUCGAAGAGCCAGGAAAAACUGAUCCGGGCAUUGUCGUCAUACAUGCUCAUGAGUGACGAGGAUCUUGGAUUGGACUCAAUCACUAGCUACGAUAGUGACGGUCGAUGUUUCGUCACCGUUCCAAACGCCAAGACAUCAGUGGAAAGAAUUGAGGUGAACCCCUUACCUAUAACUCGGCCGGAAACCAUAGUUUCGCGAGGAACCACGUGCUUAGAGACGAAGGAUAGCAUGUAUAUGCUAAAGUUCUCUUGGAGCACUGAGUCUGUGGAAUCCGAGACCAAAAUUUUCAAAAGUGUAAAAGACGUGACAGGCGUCAUCAAGUUGAACUACUCUUCUGAUCUUUACGAUAUCGAUGAUCACCGAAUGGAAAUGAAAUUUACGGAAGACAAAAAAUGGGACAUUUAUUUUGGUGAUCGAACACUCUACCAUAGCGUUUCGACGGGAUCUCAGGGCAGGAAAUCUUACAUUCAAAGUAAACUUAUUUAUGCUAAGUUUUCACCGGCAGGACGACCCCUUCAGUCUUCUUCGACGGUACGGGAAUUUGUACACGGCAUACGAAAUGCCAUUAUCGGACACCGCAAUUUAUACGAGAGAGGGAUCAUUCACGGUAAUAUCUCGGCCAGAAACAUCAUUCUGACUAAGGCGGAUGUAAGGGGUGCAAGUGAAGGGAUACUUACCGGUCUAGAUAAGGCUUUGUAUCGUCAGGAGAAAAAAGGUAAGAAACAGCAUGAAAGUUUUACCGGAACUAGAAAGUACAUGGCGCUGGAACUUUUAGAAGCUAUUGACGAGAAGGAAUACACCCUAAAGCAAACUUACCGUCAUGAUCUUGAAUCAUUCUUUUACGUUCUCAUAGCUGGAUGUAUGAGCUAUUGUCGUAAAAAAGCACCAAAACAUCUCCAAUACUGGCAUUCGGAUAACACUAGGUUUUGUUUCACAUCAAAGCAAAGUGAUAUCAUACUUCAUUUUCAAAAAAAAAUAUUAAAUUACUUCACGCCCGUGUUUGAAUGUGUUCAGGAGCUGGCACUGAGUCUUCGCCAAAUACUCUUUGAUGAUAAAUCGGUUGGAUACGGGACACCGGAAAAUCCUAACGUGCUGUACGAUCCUAUAAUUCGUGCCUUCGAUGACACUAUCCGGAAACUCGAAGCUGAUGUUCGCGAAAGAAAUAAAGAUGAUUGUAUUCGGAUUGAAGCAUAG